UACAAAAGGUGUGUAGAUAAAGCGUCAUACCAGUGAUUGUGAAGUGAAGUGACCUUGAGAUGCUGGUGCCGGAGGCGGGCGCGACGGGCGAGCUGGUGCUGAAGGUCAUCGGGCCCGAGGGGCAGGCGCUCGUCGCCUACUACCCUGACGACACGCUGGUUGAAGAGCUGAAGAACCGGGCCAUCGAGCACUUCUACCGCGGCGAGGCGGGCGCGGCGCGCUACAAGCUGGUGCGCGUCUGCGACUCCUCCACCCUGCACGACUUCCUGACCCUCGCGCAGCAGCAGCUGGAGCCCCAGGAGGAGUUGCUGCUGGUGGAGCUGCGCGUGCCGAUGGCGGGCGCGCUGGACCUGGGCGCCGUGCGUGCGCCCGCGCCUGCCGCCGUGGCCGCCGCCACCGCCGCGCUGCCGCCGCCGCGACACCAGCCGCGGCAGCCUAAUCUACAGGCUCUGCUGUCCACCAACGAGCUGUCUCACGAGCUGAGGAAGAUCCUGAUAAGCCUGGUGGAGGCGGGCGCUCGGCUGGCGGCGGCCGGGCCGCACCACGCGCGGGCCCUGGCGGAGCUGCGGGCCGCGCUGCAGCCCCCGCGCCCCGCCACACGCCCCGUCGUCGAGGUAAUUACGCCGGAGGAGAUCGCUCGACGCAUCGCCGAGCAGCAGGAGCAGCCCCGUACACCGCCUCCCGUGGCCGGCAGCGGCGCCUUCCGCCGCGCAGAACAUCUGCAGAGGUUUCUGGAGGAGUUCCGCGCUUGGCGGUUGUCGUGCGCGCCGGCGGCGGGCGCGGAGGCGCUGGGCGCGCUGCGGGAGCUGGGCUGGGCGGGCGCGGCGGCCGAGCGCGCGCUGCGGGCCACCGGCGGCGCGCCGCCCGCCGCCGCCUGCUGGCUGCUGGGCGAGCGCGGCGCCAGCGUGUGCGAGCUGGUGGACGGGCUGCCGGACGGCGUCGUGCUGCAGGCGCUGCUCAAACAGCCGCAGAUUCAACGCGGGCUGCUGAACACGCGCAUGCUGGUGGCUUUCAUCGGCAUGGUGGGUCCGGCGAACAGCGCGGCGCUGUGGCUGUCCUCGCCCCGGGGCUCCCCCCUCCUCUCGCAGAUCUCGCGCACCUACCACUCGGAGAAGUACUGCCUCGCCGUCAACCAGUUCAGCGAGGAACACAACACCCGCCCGUGGCCGGGCUGUUCUGGUCCGGAGGCGCCGUGUGCCGCGCCUGCGCCUUCCCACCAGAAAACUUCCACUUUCCUCACAGCGCGCCAGGUUUGCUGACGAUGCAGGUGUCACCCGACGACGAGGUGUGCGGUAUCUUCAGCAUCAUCUUCAAGCCGCUGCAUCAGUUCGACCUCCGCAGCGUCGUGUUCGGUCGGGUAGUGCUCCCUUCUCGCACGUUCGAGGCCAUGCGCGGUCUCG